AUGGACGCAGAGCGCAAAGUGUGGUUUAUCACUGGCACGUCUUCCGGCUUUGGCAAGCGCCUCGUCGCGUCUGUCCUCGCACGCGGCGACUACGUCAUCGCCACCGUCCGCAACCUCGAGAGCUUCACCCUCCCCGACGGCGACCGCUCCCGCCUCCGCAUCGUCGUCCUCGACGUCGCCGACACCGCCGCGAACAUCCAAAAGACCGUCGACGAGGCCCUCUCAUUUUGGGGGCGCAUCGAUGUCCUCGUCAACAACGCCGGCUACGGCAUCAAGACGCUGCUCGAGGAGGGAGGCGCGGCCGCCGCCCUGAAGCAGUUCCAGACAAACGUGUUCGGCGUCAUGAACGUCACGAACGCCAUCCUCCCCCAGAUGCGCGCACGCAGAUCAGGGACCGUCAUCAUGAUGGGCAGCCGCUCCGUCUGGAAGGCCGACACGCCCGCCGGGGGCUUCUACGUCGCCUCAAAAGCCGCCGUGCACGCCCUGGGCGAGUCGUAUGCAUGCGAGCUCGCAGAGUUCAACGUCCGCGUGACGAUCUGCGCGCCGGGCGCGUUCCGCACGGAGAACGUGCACAACGUGCCGUACACGUACAACGAGCACAUCCCCGCGUACGACGCGUUGCGCACCGAGAGCAUGAGUCGCUUCGCUGCGGUCACCAAGCACGCGCGCGGGGACCCCGCCAAGGCGAUGGAGGUGCUCGUCGACGCGGUGCGCGGGGAGGGCGGCGCGGCGGGGCGCGAGCUGCCGCUGUAUCUGAUGCUCGGCAACGUGACGUAUGCGCAUGUGCGCGCGAGCUGCGGGCGCAUGCUGCGCGAGAUGGAGGAGUGGGAGGACGUCGCGAAGGACCUGGACUUUGACGUCGAGAGCUGA